AUGGCAAGGAAACUAGUGAAGCAAUCACAAAAGAAACAAUCUUUCUACACCAUCCUACUCAGUGACUACGCGCGGCAUCUGGAUCAUCAUUUAGAAAACGGGGAUCUUUUGGUUUUCAAAUAUGAUGGCGAAUCAAAGUUCAAAGUCGCAAUCUAUGAUACUACUGCUUGCGAGAAGGAUGUAGAGAUAGCUGAUAGCUGGAGGAUUCGCAGUUCUGUUCCUUUGUUUAACAACGGACAUGCUCGAGUAAAAGAAGAAAUUGUUGAACUUGAAACUGAAAACUACAACGAAAACUGUGAAAACAAAGUGUUCAUUUCUGGAAGAAAGAAAUGGAACCAUCUUAUAUCGGGGAAGAUACCUUCACACGAUCAAAGAGAAGCAACAUCAACUCAACCCGUCUUGUCCAAAUCGAAGAACUCGUGUUUUAUAGCAAUCUUUAACAAUCCAAGGCGAUAUCGUGCGACAAUCCCAAGGAAACUAGCCGUAGCUGAAGAUGUUUUAAAUAAGAAGAGUAUAAUGAUUCAGGAUUCAACUGGGAGAUCAUGGCUCGUUAAACUUAACGUUCGCGGCAAAGGUUCUCAGUGUCGUGUGGAUAUGGCAACUGGUUUGGGAGAAUGCGGUAAAGCCAACCAGGUUUUACCUGGGGACGAAGUCGUUUUUGAGUUUGUCAAGCAAAGUCUUUUGCAAAUUCAUAUCUACAGAGUGGAAGCAUUAGGAGGCAAAUCACUGCGAUUACUUCCUCGGAAUGUUAGAGAAAACGAGCCUUAA